AUGCUAUUUUGUAGGUGAGGUUGCCUCCAACAGGAGCACAGACACGACGUGCAUGUGAGAAGGGAAAGAAGUUUCUUUUGUCCCCAAAACAGGAGGGAGCUCCCCAUUCUUUCAUUCUGUGUCCCCUUCCUCUCUUCAAACCAUACACAAACAGUCUUACUUUAUGCAUAGGAUGAAAAGUUAAAAGACUCUCCCAUUUACCCUCCAAAUGGUGGUUUACAUUUAUUAAAAGUUGUAUAAAUAAAUGUGAAAUCACAAAUUAUAAAACUCCCCCUGCCCGGAUUUAGUUUUCCACAUUCGUGUUUUUAUGCGUCCUGAUUUGGUUUUCAACUUUCCACAGUUAGUAAACAAGUUAUGAUAGAUAAUCUAAAAUGCGCGGCCUCUGGAUUGCAUAUUAGCAUUGUUGACAUUAAUGAAUGACAAACUCAGUAAGGAGUAAAGAGUAUUUGAUGUUUUUACACGUACUCCUUAAAAUAAGAUAUUUUAGAAAGUAAACAACUAAAUCCGAAUAGAGAGAGAAUGAUUUUCUUUUUUGAAAAAAGGAAGGAAACAAUGACUUAUAGGUGUGCCUUUCAGGUUGUGGAGGCUAGUGACCAUUGCUGCAGACACUUUGGUUAUGUGAGACCAUCAGCAUACAUGCCACACCUAAGUCUCCUUUAUGCCGAUAUCACGGACGAGGAAAAGAAGAGGGUCGAAGAAAGAGCGUAUGCUCUCGACGAGACCAUUAGCAACUUGGACUUCCCCAUAGCUCGCCUGGCUCUUUACAAAUCGGACACACAAGACAAAAGCCUCAAAUCCUGGGCGAAGGUCGACGAGUUUGAUUUGCACCAGAUUUCUUGAUAACAAAUGCCCACCUUGUAUGUGUGAUAUAUCAAGUCUGUUUUAAAUUUUCUUUUUCCUCUCUUUUUAUCUGUUCUUGAUGGUCAGAGCAUGUGUGUAUAGGUGCACUUGACCCUGCUUUGAUGGGGUCGAGUCACUAGUUAAAAGUUUAAUUACUAAAACAAUGUGGCAUAU